AUGGCCAGCCAUGGGCGCGGUGGCGCCGAGGGAGCAGGGGUUGUGCUCCGCGGGCCCAAGUCACCGCUGAGGCUGUGCUCCUGCGGCUGCGCAUCCAACUGGGCCAGCAGGCUCAGGUGCAGAGAGCGCGACAGGCGGUGCUCCACCAAGGUCGAGGACGCCGCCAGGAAGGCUCACAAGGAGGCGCUCAAGGGUGGGCCCAAGCCCGGCAGCCACCCGCAGCCCCGAGGUGCAUGGGCGCGGCAGAAGAUGGCCCCUUGGGAGCACGACGAGCUCCAGAGGCAGGACGGCGAGCUGGCUGCCCUGCGGCAGCAAGCCGAGGCGCUCAAGGCCGACAGCGCCAACGCCAAGCUCACCGCACUCAGCGGCCUCAAGGAGGAGCUGCAGAAGCUUGGAGGAGGAGAGCAGGCCACGAGCUGCGUCAAGGCCGUCGAGGCCAAGUACUCAGAGCCGCCCAAGCCCAAGAGCCUCCCAGCCUUGGAGGGGCAGCGCAGGAAGCUCGAGGGCCAGCUCCAGAGGGCCCUCGCCAAGGUGGCGGAGCUCGAGGACCCGCGCGGCAAGCUCGACCAGCGGAUCUGCGAGGCCAAGGACUCGGCCGCCGAGCUCAAGUGCAAGUUGCAGGUGGCGGACGCCGAGAUCGAGUCCCGCCAUGCCGCUGGAGUCCUCGGCGAUGGGCCCAGGGGCCUGGCCAAGGUUCUGGAGCAGUUCAAGGCUACGGCUGUGGAGAACCAGGCGGUGCUGCAGGGCCUCAUCCAGCUGCAGGACGUCGUCAAGAAGGAGCAGGAGACCCUGGAGGCGAGAGCGUCGAGCAGCGGCGCAAGCGCUUCAGCGACAUCAUCGAGGCCCAGCUCAAGCGGCCUCGGGUUUGAUAGCCUGUGGCUCUACACUGUCAACGCGAACACCGACAAGGGCGAUCGGGACUUCCUCGACUGGCUGGACAGCCAGCACAGCCUCGCGGAGGCUGGGUCGAUGAGGCGGCCAGUCGCAGACAUCACCUUCGUGCAGGAGACGCGCGUGCGUGAAUGUGGCAGAGAGGCAGUCCAGCCUUGGCAUCGGAAGCGCGGCUUCGACUUCGACCUUGCCGCAGGGCUCAGCACGGGAGACGGGCCCCAGGCCGUCUCAGGCGGGGUAGGCAUCGGUGCGCGGCAGCGGUUUGCGGCAGCCACGCUCGACACCGAUUUCAAGCAGCCCCACCGAGUGCUCCGACGGGUAGUCAACAUUGGCGACGGGCUCGCCAUCGAUCUCAUGUCCAUCUACCUCCGCGACGGGGAGGGCAUGAGCGAGGCCAACGCAGACAUCCUCUGGGAAGUUGCGUCGCAGCUCAGGGUGGCGGCGCGGCCGUGGAUGCUGGCUGGCGAUUUCAACAUGGACCCCCUCCAGGUCGCGGCGUGGGCGGCGACGGCUGGAGGGCUCGCGCUACAUACAGGGGCGCCUACCUGCAGGGCGGGGGCGCUCAACGAGCUCGACUACGCGGUCAUCUCCGACGAGCUUCAGCAGUUCGUGUUCAGCCACGGGCCCGUGGUCGAGGAGUGGCUACGGCACGCCGAGGGCUACCUUCUCCCACUCUACGACCUGCACGGGGACGAGGCUCAGAAGUUCGCUGGCAGGGCCGACGGAGUGCGCUUCGUCAAUGUGCCGCUCGCGGACGCCAGCCGCCGCCGCUGGGCUCAGCUCAGCUCGCACGAGACCCACGCCUGGGGCGGGCUGGUCAGCCUGCUGCAGCGCGCAGACCUGCCGGCGGCGCGUGGGAAGGACCUACAGGGCCUGGCCAGCCUGCGCGCCCGCCUGGCGGCGCUGCGCCUGGGCGACUACGACGGCACCAUGGCCCCUGUGCCCAGGGGUGAGCUGGGCGCUGCGGCGACCUCCAGCGACGCGGCUUUGAGGAGGAGGCUCAUUGAGCACGCUAGGGCCCAGCAGCAGGUCAGCCAGCGCAGCGACGCAGCUGCCGCCAGGAGGCAGUGGCAGGCCUGGGCCAAAGGCUCUGCCACAGGCGGGGGGAAGCUCGCCCACCGCUUCUCCAAGCCUGAGCCGCUGGCCAAGGCGACCCUCGUCACGGCGGACGAGGGCGAGGGGGGGGCGCUACCAGUCAACGGCGACGAGGCGGUGCGGCACUGCCUCAAAGAGUGGCUUCCGCUCUGGCUGGACCCUCGGCGCAGAGGAGGCCUCGAGGAAGCGGCCAGCUGGGAGGCGCCAGAGCCGCUGCCGAGCCUCGAGGUGGACAGCCUCAGGCACCUGCUCAAGCGGCACGGGAGGUGGGCAGGCCUGGGAUGGGACCAGCUCCACCCGAGGCAGCUGCUCCUCCUUGACGAGUCCUUCCUGGCCAGGCUCCUCGACGUGCUGGCCAGCUGGGAGGACGGGCCCGAGGCUUACUGGGACUGGCUCGCUGUCAUCGUCUUUCGUGCCAAGGCAGACGGCGGCAGGAGGCCUAUCGCUCCCACCUGCCUUCAGCUUCGCCUCUGGUCGGCCCUGCGAGGGCCCAUAGUCAGGGCAUGGGAGGCGCAACACCACGAGGUAUGGUACAUUGGCGGGGAGCUGAACACGUGCGAGAGGGCAGGCUGGGUGCAUCAGACCCUCACGGCCCUGGCCUACGAGAAAGGCUGCUCCUGCGCGACGGGGAUAGCCAAGCUACUCCUCUUCAGAUAUUUCAAGAAGGCGGCGGCCUUCUACCCCAGCGUGCGGUUGGGCAGUGUAGUCGACGACUUCGCGCUCCAGACUGCGGGCACCACGGGCAUGGUGAAGGCAGUGCUAGGCCCCGCCACGCGCAUGCUGUUGGGCUGCUUCGACGAGAAGCGGGCGCCCGUUCACUUCGGGAAGCUUUGCUACCUCGCCCCCGACGCAGAGGCGGCGAAGCAGCUGGAGUCGGAGUGGCCCGCCGAGGACGGCAGGGCGCAGCGCGGCAGGCUGCUAGGCAACGACGUGCACGAUGGGCGCUGGAGGCGCACCGCCAUCGGGGAGCAGCGAGUCGAGGAUGCACUUGCAAGGUCUCGGAGGCCGCAGGUUCUGAUGUCAGCUGGGGCCAAGGUAGCCACGGUGCAGAGGGGCGGCCCCACGGCAGCCGUCACCCGGGGCUCGGCCACGACUGGCUUCGCCCCCUCGGUGCUGCACGGGCUACGUGUUGCUGCAGCGCGUGGAGAAGGGCAUCUUGCGCCAGGGGCUUCUGUUGACCUGCGGAUGAGGUGCUUCCCCAAAGGCAUCGAGAGAGACCCAGCGGUGGUGAACGCUGGCCAGGUCGCGAUGCAGUUCGGCAUGGCGCUCUGGCUGGGCUACCCCACUCCGUUCGCCCUCGACACGCUGCUUGAGAAGGCCACGCAGCGUUUCUCGACUGCGAAGCGGCUGGGCUGGACCAUCGAGGGCGGCAGGCACGUCACCACCGACCAGGGGUUGGAGGUCGACCUGGCCAGGGUCUCGCCUUACUUCAUCAAGGAGCUGGCAGAGGGAGCGCCCAAGAGGUGGUCCGACCGCGACGCCACCUUCAGGCUGCACCCCCACCAGAGUUCGGACCUGCAUUGGGGAUCGCUGCAAAGGCUCGGCAGGUCCAAGGAGUCGCUCGGCUGGCAGCAACAUCAGCGAGCGGCCCCCCACUCGGUCAUUUCAGGCACGGUACUCUCUCAGACGCGGCUCUACAAGAGAGGCUUGGCCUCCGAGUGGGACUGCCUCAUGUGCAGGGGCGCGCCUGGCACGCUCUGGCACAGGCUGCGCGGCUGCCAUGGGCGCGCGGCCUUUCGCAAGGACGAGGCCUCACCCGAGCUCCUUCGGCACGCAGAGGUGCCUCGGGCUGCAGGAAGGAACUGCGGCGAGAUGUUCGGCAGGUGCCUCUUCCCGUCGCUCGACCACGCGGUCCCGAGGCGCGACCCAGAUGGAGACCCAGUUCGAUGGCAUCGGCGCCCAGCCUCGGGGUACCCCACAGGCCUCAUCUUCACGGACGGCAGCGCGGUGGGCACGCGGUGGCCAGAGCUGCAGCGCGCUGGCUGGUCGCUCGUGCAGUGCGACAGGCAUGGGCGCCUGGAGGCGCGGGACGGCGAGGACUACGCGUACCACAUGGCGGCCUUCCCCUGCGAGGGCCACGUCGACUUCCAGACG